AUGAGUAUAUGCAUAUCAACUCAAAUUGAACCGAAUGAUGAAACGUAUACUAAUAAUUCCAUAGUAGAUAUGUACGAGAAAAGGAAAGAAGAACGAAAUACCGAUAUGAUAAAAGAUACUACAAGUAGUUCAUAUGACAAAGAAUAUAUAGAAAAGAUAAAAAGAUUAAAGAAACAAAAAUAUUUUGGUAAUAAAACAAUAGGGAAAUUUUCUAGUUAUAUUUAUUUAAUUAAUCAAAUAUUUGGAUCUGGUAUAGUAUCCAUUCCUUAUGUAUUUAAAAAUUCAGGAUGGUUACCAAGUUUGGUAGCAAAUAUACUUAUAUGUAUUUUAACAAUAUUUAAUUCUUUAUUAUUUUUAAGAACUAUGACUAUGAUACCUAAUAAUAUACAUUUUAAUAAAAGGUAUGAAUAUAUAUCUACUGUUUGUUAUUUUUUAGGAAAGAAGAAUAUAUAUUUUUGGCUAGUUCAGAUAUGUUUUUAUGCAAGCAUAUUAUGUAGUAAUAUAAUAUCUAUAGUUAUUGUAUCUCUUGCAGUAGAUCAUUUAAUAAUAAAUAUGUUUGGUUAUACAAUCGGUUUUGUUAUAUAUCCAAAUAUCGAAAUGAGAUAUUUUACUAAUAUAAAUGAAUUAUAUUAUACAAAAAAUUAUAUAUUAUGUAUAACUAUAGGAUAUAUUAUUAAUGCAAUAGUAUCUAUAUAUUUUUCUCAAUCAAAUUUAGAAGAUAAUAUGAAAGUACAAUUUUUAUCUUUUUUUUUUUUAAUGACUACUAUACUUCAAAUGAUAUAUUUAAGUAUUCUUAAAAUAUAUCAAUAUAAUACAACUAAUAUAAAUCUUCAUUUAUUAACAAAUAAUAAUUCUAUUAACAAAUAUACAGAUAUUAAAUAUCCAACAGUUUUUGGAAAUUAUAAUUUUAAACAACUUAUAUCAUCAUAUAUAUCAUCUUAUUCAACUAUUACCGUUAUCCCAUGUUGGGCAAAUGAAAUGAAAUCUGAUGUAAAAAUAAUAAAAACCGUAUGGUUAUGUAAUAUUUUUUGUUGUAUUAUUUAUUAUAUAUUUGGUUAUGUAUUAUGUACGGCUUAUCCAAAUAUAAAUAAUGAUAACAUAUUAAAUGACAUAUUACAAACACCGUUUUUAAAUAUAUAUAUGAAAAUAUCUAUAUAUAUAUUUGAUAUAUUAACUAUAGCUCCUGGAAUAUAUGUAUAUUGUAUAGCUACCAGAUAUAAUUUAAUAAAUAGUAAUAUUUGUUCAGAAAAAACUGCAUUCCUUUUUGGUACCAUAUUCCCAUUUUUUAUAUCCUGUUUUUUCAAUUCAAGAUAUAUAUUUGAGAAUAUUUUUACAUGGUCAAGUUUGAUUUUUUCUUAUGCUUGUAAUUUUAUUACACCAUCUAUUAUAUAUUUGAUAGCUUGCAAAAAUAUUCCUUUUUCCGAAAAAAACCCUCUAAAAUAUAUUCACGUAUUGUAUGACCCCAAGGAAUAUAUGAAUAGGAAAAAUUUAUGUCAAGAGGUACAAAAGAAAAACAAAAGAAUGUGUAUUCAGAAAGAUACUGAAAUAAAGGAAAAUGCAUUAAUAUCUACAAUGUAUGAAGGAAAAUAUAAUGACAAAUUGGAACAUAACAAUAGUAAUAAUAAUAAUAAUAAUAAUUUUUUAUCAAUUCAAGCAGCAGAAAUAAAUAAAAUUAAUAAUUCUAGAGAACAGAAAAUCAAUUAUGUAGAUUCGCAGAGUAAUCAUUUCACGGUUCCCAUAAAAACAAACUCUCAAUCUAAAGAAGGAAAUAAUAUGGAAAACAAAAAAAGGGACAUUUCGAUAGAUAAUAAAACACUUCAACAAAAAAAAAAAAAAAAAAGCGUUAACUUAAAUACAGACAAUGUUAUUAUAAGAAUGAAUGAGGAAGAUAUGGAAGAAAAUCAACAUGUUCAAUAUGAAAAAGAUCACGAUGAGAAAUAUGAUAAUGAAAAAAAUAAGGAAAACACAUAUAAUAAUCAAACGAAUUACAACCAUUAUAAAAAAGAUAACAUAAAUAUUAUUGAUGACAACAAUGUAGGAAAAAUAAAACAUAAUGUAAAAAAUAUAAAAAAAACAAAACAAAAAAAAGAUAUGUUUGAAUACAGAAAAUAUAAUUCUCUUUUUAAUACAAAAAAAAAAAAUGUAUCUUACAAUUCACAAAAAAAAAAUGAGUCAAAUUCUUAUAAUAUUAGAAGAUCAAGGAAACAUAAAACAGUCAUGGGAUUUGAAAAAAAAAAGAGAAGAAAUAAACAUGAAAUGAACAUAAUACAUGAUGGAUAUAACAAAUAUCAAGAUUCAGAUAGUCAUAGUGAUAAUAUUAAUGAUGAUGAUGAUGAUGAAGAUAUUUUACACGAUAAAAUUAUUGCAGAUUUGUCAAGAGAUAUAUAUAAUGACAUAAAAAUAAUUCAAAAAAAUUAUGAACGAGAUGAAUAUUUAAUUAAAUGUUCUGACAUCUUCGAUUCAUUUCUAAAUCUCAAAUUGAUUAUGGAAACAGAAAAGAAUAAUAAUACAAACAUGAGAAAUAAUUAUGAUAUGGAAAGUAUUUAUAAUAUGGGAAAUAAUUAUGAUAUGGAAAGUAUUUAUAAUAUGGGAAAUAAUUAUGAUAUGAAAAAUAAUUAUAGUAUUAAUAGUCAUCAUAACAUACAUUACAUGAGUAAUAUAAAAAAGCAACAUAAUAGUGUCGAAUAUUCUAAUAUAUCUAAUACUUUACAUAUUAAUCCCAAACAUGAAAUGAAACCAAGUCCGUUUUUUUCAUAUCCAUGUUAUAAAUCCAUAGAUCAUUCAAAUAAUUUAUAUAUAUAUAAUUCAUAUGAUAUAAAGUUUAACAAUAUGAAUAAGCAAGAAAAAAAUAAAAAUCUUGGUUCUGAUAAUGGAAAUCAUAAAAAUAUAUUAUUAUAUUCAAAUGUAAAGGAUGACGAAAAGGAGUAUAUAUUAUUCGAUAAAAGAAGAGUAUUGGAAAAUAUCAUACAACAUGAAAAAGAAGAUCAUAAUGAUAAUGAAAAUAAUAAAAUAUAUAUUGAACAAACAAAUAAUAAAAUAGGAACAUCAAUUAAUAAUUAUAGUGAUAAAAAAUAUAUAGAAAAAAAAAAAAAUGAACUUAAUGAAUUAAUAAAUAAUCAGAAUAAAUACAAACAUCAAUUUAAUAAUAUAGAAAAAGAGUUUGAUAUUCUCAUUAGUGGAAUCAAUAAUAAACAAAAUUUAACAUGGGCAUUUGAUGGAAAUAAAAAAGAAAAUUAUAUUGGAAACAAAAAAAAUCUUUAUUUUGUAAAUAAUAAAAAUAUAAAUGUAUCCAAUGUAAUAUGCACUUUUAAUUUAAAUAAUACGUAUAGAAAGUCAACAAGUUUUGGUUACUUUUAUAAUUCAAAUUGUAAACCAUAUGUUAAGGAGGGAAAUGUAAUCAACAAAUUAUAUAAUAUGUUAAAUAGGAUGAAUACAUAUGGAUCGUCACCCUUAAAUUGUAUAUCGGAUGAUGUUAUUAUUCCAACACAAACGUGCAGGAAACAAAAUACAGAUAUUUAUUAUUAUAUUAACGAUAAUGAAAGAAACAAAAAAGGAAAACAUAUGUAUAAUAAUAUAUUAUCUGAUGAUACAGAGGAGGAACCAUUUAAGGUUUAUUUAUCCAAUGAUAUAGAUAUAAAUGAAGACAACGAUAAAAUAUAUACAAUAUGUGAUGAUAAAAAAGGGUAUCCCGAUUUUAAAAUGGAUGAUAAAAAUAAUAAUAAUAAAACAUAUGAUAGUAAUAAAUAUGAUAGUAAUAAAUAUGAUAGUAAUAUAUAUGAUAGUAAUAUAUAUGAUAGUAAUAUAUAUGAUAAUAAUAAUAAUAAUAAUAAUAAUAAUAAUAAAGAUGAUAAUAUUUUUCAUAAGAAGGAUUACCAUGCUAGAUUCACCAAUCAUAUAAAAAACAAUCAGAAGGAAGAUGAAAAUAAUAAGGAAGAAAUAAUAAAAGUAAAAAGUAAUCAUCAUAAUAAUAAUUUAGAACAAAAAAGUACUAUUCAAUCUCAAGAUAAAUUAUUGUACUCUUUAAAUUCAUAUAAUAAAAGAAGUAAAGUAUAUAAAGAUAUAAAUACAUUAAGUGUGCCUGACAAUGUUUAUAAUGUCAUACCACAACUUAAUAAAAGGAAAGGAACAAACAAUUAUGACGAAGACAUUAAUAAUAUAUAUAAUUAUUAUAAAUAUAAUUUCCUUUUAUGUUUUAAUGAAAAUAUUAAAAAUAAUAAAGAGUAUUUAAAAAAUUACAACCAUAUUAGAAAUACAAAUAUAUACUAUAAUAAUAUUAUUCAUAAUAAUAAUCAAAGUACAAUAAAUAAAAAAAAUAUACAUAAAAAUGAUAAAAUCAAAACAGAUAUAAUAAAUAUAACAUCCGAAAAUGAUAUUAUGAAAAAAAAUAAAAAAUUUAAAUCACUUUAUAUAAAUACAUUUUCUAAUGAUGAUAAAAAAGAACCACUAAUUAAUCACAAUAAAAAUGAUAUAGAAGAAUUACCAACUAUUAAACUUAUAUGUUCAGAAAAACCAAUAUAUGGAUAUGAAGAUGCUUAUCAAAUUGAUGAUUAUGUUAACGGGCAAAUAAAUGAAAAUAUUAUACAUGUAUACCCUUUUAUAUAUUUAAGAAUUAAACAUGUAAAAAUAACUCAGAUGCUUUUGGGAAUUACUAUUAUGUUAUUGUUUAUAGCUAUCCUUUAUGAUUUUAUAUAUUAA